GCGGCCACGGCGUGGAGCCCAGCGGGCUGUCGGUCGCCGGAGCGACCAUGCGCGGCGACCCGGGGGCUGCGAGCCAAGCGCGCCGGUGUAUGGCGGCUCGCUGAGACGGCGGUGGCCAGGCGCGGGCUCCUGCCGGCGUGGGGUGGCGGGGCCGGGGUGAUGCUGCUCAAGCUCCUGCAGAGACAGACCUAUACCUGCCUCUCCCACAGGUAUGGGCUCUACGUCUGCUUCGUGGGCGUCGUUGUCACCAUCGUCUCGGCUUUCCAGUUCGGAGAGGUGGUUCUGGAAUGGAGCCGGGAUCAAUACCACGUUUUGUUUGAUUCCUACAGAGACAAUAUUGCUGGGAAAUCCUUUCAGAAUCGGCUCUGUCUGCCCAUGCCGAUCGAUGUGGUUUACACCUGGGUGAAUGGCACGGACCUUGAACUGCUGAAGGAACUCCAGCAGGUCCGAGAGCAGCUGGAGGAAGAGCAGAAGGCAGUGAGGGAAAUCCUGGGGAAGAACACAACAGAACCGACGAAGAAGAGCGAGAAGCAGUUGGAGUGUCUGCUGACGCACUGCAUUAAGGUGCCCAUGCUUGUUCUGGACCCACCCUUGCCAGCCAACAGCACCCUGAAAGACCUGCCAUCUCUUUAUCCGUCUUUCCACGCCGCCAGUGACAUGUUCAACGUCGCAAAACCAAAAAACCCUUCUACUAAUGUGUCCGUUGUUGUUUUUGACACUACUAAGGAUGUUGAAGAUGCCUAUGCCGGACUAUUUAAGGGAGGCAGCAAGCAGACAGUUUGGAGAGCCUACUUGACGACAGACAAAGAAGUCCCAGGCUUGGUGCUGAUGCAAGACUUGGCCUUCCUGAGUGGAUUCCCGCCAACAUUCAAGGAGACAAGUCAGCUGGGGACAAAACUGCCGGAAAACCUUUCCUCCAAAAUAAAACUGCUGCAGUUGUACUCAGAGGCCAGCGUCGCUCUUCUGAAACUGAACAACCCCAAAGGGUUCCAGGAGCUAAACAAGCAGACUAAGAAGAACAUGACUAUCAACGGGAAGGAGCUUACCAUCAGCCCUGCGUAUCUGUUGUGGGACCUGAGUGCCAUCAGCCAGUCCAAGCAGGAUGAAGAUGUGUCUGCCAGCCGCUUCGAAGAUAACGAAGAGCUGAGGUACUCCUUACGGUCUAUCGAGAGGCAUGCGCCGUGGGUUCGGAAUGUCUUCAUAGUCACCAACGGGCAGAUUCCAUCCUGGCUGAACCUCGACAACCCUCGGGUGACAAUAGUCACCCACCAGGACAUUUUCCGAAAUCUGAGCCACCUGCCCACUUUCAGUUCACCUGCCAUUGAAAGUCACAUCCACCGCAUUGAAGGGCUGUCCCAGAAGUUCAUUUACCUAAAUGACGACGUGAUGUUUGGGAAGGACGUUUGGCCCGACGAUUUCUACAGUCACUCCAAAGGCCAAAAGGUGUAUUUGACGUGGCCUGUGCCCAACUGUGCUGAGGGCUGCCCGGGCUCCUGGAUUAAAGACGGCUACUGUGACAAGGCCUGUAAUAAUUCAGCCUGUGACUGGGAUGGCGGAGACUGCUCCGGUAACAGCGGAGGGAGUCGCUAUGUUGCAGGAGGUGUGGGUACCGGGAAUAUUGGCGUCGGACAGCCCUGGCAGUUUGGUGGCGGAAUCAACAGUGUCUCUUACUGCAACCAAGGGUGUGCAAACUCCUGGCUCGCCGAUAAGUUCUGUGACCAAGCCUGCAACGUCUUGUCCUGUGGGUUUGAUGCUGGUGACUGUGGACAAGAUCAUUUUCAUGAACUGUAUAAAGUAACUCUUCUCCCAAACCAGACGCACUAUGUUGUCCCCAAAGGUGAACACCUGCCUUAUUUCAGCUUUGCCGAAAUCGCCAGAAGAGGAGUGGAAGGCGCCUACAGCGACAAUCCGAUAAUCCGGCACGCGUCCAUCGCGAACAAGUGGAGGACCAUUCAUCUCAUACUGCACAGUGGGAUGAACGCAACCACGAUCCACUUUAACCUCACACUCCAGAACGCCAACGACGAAGAGUUCAAGCUCCAGAUAACAGUGGAAGUGGACACGAGGGAGGGGCCGAAACUGAACGCCACAACCCAGAAGGCCUACGACAGUUCCGUUAGCCCAGUGACACCUCUCCCCCAGGCCGAAAUCCCUUUUGAAGAUGUUCCCAAAGGGAAACGCUUCCCCAAGGUCAGGAGACAGGAUGUAAACACCACAGGGAGAUUCCAGCAGGAGGUGAAAAUCCCCCUGGUAAAUAUUUCACUCCUUCCGAAGGAGGUCCAGGUGAGACUGAGCAACUUGGACCUGCAGUUGGAACUCGGAGACAUCACCCAGAAAGGAUACAACUUCUCCAAGUCAGUCCUGCUGAGGUCUUACCUGAAGGGCUCACUAGAUGCUAAAGGAAAGCCUCCAUCUAGAAGGACCGACGAAACAAAUGACCGUCUGGAGGCCCCACAGGAAAAGCUCUCACACAGAACCCCAGGUGGCUUUGUUGCUGGUCAGAGAGCAGAGAGACUGACAUCCCCAGUGGGGACUGUGGACGCGAAUGGCCGUGACCAUGGUUUGAAUCCACCCCCGGUCUUGGAGAGCAAUGUAGGAUUUAAGUUGGAAACUCGGGCCCCACAUGCACCGAGCAUGAGUGUACCCCGAGAAGACCUCACCGGGAAAGAGGAGGCUGGAGGCAGAGCGGAGGAUGACGCCGACAGCCGUGUAGCUGUAGAAGAAGUAGUUCCUGGAAGGCGGCUGCAGCACUACACGGAGACUUACCCAGGCUUUUUGCCUUGGGAGAAAAGAAAGUAUUUCCAAGACCUUCUUGAUGAGGAAGAGUCGUUGAAGACACAAUUGGCGUACUUGACCAACGGCAAACGUGCAGGGCGGCAGCUGAAAGACACGUUUGCGGACUCGCUCCGAUACGUCAAUAAGAUUCUCAACAGCAAGUUCGGGUUCACCUCCAGGAAAGUCCCCGCCCACAUGCCCCACAUGAUCGACAGGAUCAUCAUGCAAGAGCUACAAGAUAUGUUCCCCGAGGAAUUUGACAAGACGUCGUUUCACAAGGUGCGCCACUCGGAGGACAUGCAGUUCGCCUUCUCGUAUUUCUAUUACCUCAUGAGUGCGGUGCAGCCCCUGAAUCUUUCCCAAGUCUUUGAUGAAGUAGAUACAGACCAGUCUGGCGUCUUGUCGGACAGGGAGAUCCGGACUCUGGCUACCCGGAUCCACGAUCUGCCUUUAAGCCUGCAGGAUCUGACAGGUUUGGAACACAUGUUAAUAAAUUGCUCAAAAAUGCUUCCCGCCAAUAUCACUCAGCUGAGCAAUAUUCCACCAACCCAGGAAGCAUACUACGAUCCCAACCUGCCGCCAGUCACUAAAAGUCUUGUCACCAACUGUAAACCAGUAACCGACAAAAUCCAUAAAGCGUAUAAAGACAAGAACAAGUAUAGGUUUGAAAUCAUGGGAGAAGAAGAAAUCGCUUUCAAGAUGAUUCGCACCAAUGUUUCUCAUGUGGUUGGGCAGCUGGAUGACAUAAGGAAAAACCCCAGGAAGUUCGUUUGUUUGAACGACAACAUCGACCACAAUCACAAAGACGCCCAGACGGUGAAGGCUGUUCUCAGGGACUUCUAUGAAUCCAUGUUUCCUAUCCCUUCCCAGUUCGAGCUGCCGAGAGAGUAUCGGAACCGUUUUCUUCACAUGCAUGAGCUGCAGGAAUGGAGGGCAUAUCGAGACAAGCUGAAGUUUUGGACCCACUGUGUGCUAGCAACACUGAUUAUAUUCACUAUCUUCUCGUUUUUUGCUGAACAAAUAAUUGCCCUUAAACGGAAGCUAUUUCCCCGGAGGAGAAUACACAAGGAAGCUAGUCCAGAUCGGAUCAGGGUGUAGACGUUCUCCAUUUACAAUCACCUACCUCAGCGUCUCCUGCGCAUCUCACACCUCACCGUCACGGGGUGUCCGCAUGACCUGAUGCAGACACAGGCAUGUCCCCAUGAUGCGGCGCAGAUACGGGGGUGUCCCAUGAUGUGAUGCACAGACACCGGGGUGUCCCCGUGAUGUGACACACUGACAUAGGGGUGUCUGAAUGACGUGACACAGUCGCAGGGUGUCCCCAUGAUAUGACACACAGAUACCGGGGUGUCCCGUGAUGUGAUGCACAGACACAGGCAUGUCCCAUGAUGUGAUGCACAGACACCGGGGUGUCCCCAUGAUGUGAUGCACAGACACCGGGGUGUCUCAUGAUGUGAUGCACAGACAUGGGGGUGUCCCAUGAUGUGACACACAGACAUAGGGGUGUCUGCAUGACGUGACACAGACACAGGGUGUCCCCAUGAUGUGACGCACGGAUGGCCUGCUCGGAAGAAGGGACAGCGUGCAGACCGUGUUCUACCGCAGCAUGAAUGGAGCCCACUGCCUGGAAUUAAUCAGCACACUGAGACCUUGCAGUUGUUGGCAGCCCUACAGUUUGUACUUUUAAGGGAUUUGUUGAUGGACCCUCGCUGACAAGCUGCUGGUUUCCUCUCACAGUCCCUGCGGCCUGAGAAGCCGGGCCAGCCUGGGAACAAGUGCUGAGGGAGCCCCAGGCUUUGCAUUCCGAAGUCCUUUGGCCCUAACUUCACUUUCCCCUACUUUUCCUUCAUUUCUCAUUUUAAAAAAAAAAAAAAAAACGUAGCGGCUAAGCUGUCCUCGCUUCUGAAAAUAACGAAAUCAGAAUGUCCAAAUGUUUGUAUAGAUCUUAUUUAAAUAAUGUAGAGCUAUCCUUUCCUUUUAGCAUAUCUAAAUUAUUGAUUUUUAUGAGCCUUCAAGCGGUCUUGAAUCACUAAUGACUACUGAAGACCCCGGGGUAACCUAGGCCCCGAGGAUGCUGGGAUUUCGUCGGCAGGCCUGAUUGCAAAGGGCUAGUGUCAAGCACCGAUGCUGCUCACCAGAUGUGAUCGUGUCUUGGAAAUGGACACACUCAAACAAAAGCGCCUCACUUCGGAAAUGAGUAGCGCCAACGGCACCAGCACGCGGCUGUGGGGUCCAGCUGAAAAUCUGUCUCUUUCAGCGGGAACAGCGGCCAGCCAGCUUUUCCUGUAAAAGAACAGAGAGUGGGAAACCUGAGACACAUCUGUGUUUGUCAGUCUUCUUGGCUUAAUUAUUUUUUUGUUUGGUUUGGGGGGUUUCUUUUAUUUUUUUGUAAACAGCCCAAUAAAACCAGCUCUACAAAAACUGGCCCCGGCCAGACUUGAACCACAGGCCAUUGUUGGCAGACCGGAGAAUCAACCUCAUUUUUACGUAAACCCCGACAUUAGCCAUGCUCCGUUAUAUCAUUGUGUAGUGGUUUUGUGGAGACCUGGUCCCAUGAAUCCGCUUUGAAUUCUGACAGGUAUCUUCAAUCAUGAUUUCAAUGGUAUUCUUCGCAAAUGGCACACACUUUUGUAAUAAGAACUUGAAGUGUAAAUACUGUGUUUGUGCUGUAAAUUUGUGUGUAUUUCAAAAAUUGAAAUCUCAUAAAAAAAGAUCACAUUUAUUGA